AUGGAAAGUGACCGGCUUUCCUCGCCAACUGCGAGCACUCUAUCGUCGCUCUCGCAUUCAUUCGAUGUUUCAAAGUUUCUAAUGAAGAUGCGAGAGUUGAAAGGAACAUUUAGUGGUAGGGUUAAAUGGUCUGAUAGUUUAGAACCAGCUAACUGGAAGUCAUGUCAUCUCGAGAUCACAGAAGAAGGUUCUUUGAGACCCAUCCUACGUUCAACUGAUUCAACAGAGUUGGGCUCAUCUGAUACCUCAAACAACGUUAUUAUCAACCACUUACAGGAUUGUAAGCUGAAGUUGGUAGAAGAGCCCAGUAUUGGCUUACCAGUUAUCAAAGUGGCCACAGAAACCAGUACAGAUUAUUUUUGCGUAAGUGAUAAGGCCAAAUUUGAAAGUUUACUAUGCUCACUUAUUUGGUGGAGUGCUUUAAGGCCCAAGGGCAUUUUCAACAAGAUAUCAUUUGAGUCACCUCCUCUGAGAAAUAAUGACGAGGAACCUACUAACUUAUUGGUUUCUCAGCUCAUAAUAUUUGGUCCGCUACCGCCUAAAAGGCGCAUACCAGUAUUUAAACAGCUGACACGUCCAAACUUUUUAGAGAAAUCAAGUUCGGAUGAAGGAUGGUUUCCGGCCAUGGGUGUUCUGAAGUCGAAUGGGACUCUAGAUCUUCUUUUACAGAGCGAUGGUUCUUUGAUCUACACACUAGAUAUAACUAUCUUGACGAGAUCCGAAAUCCGUCUUCUAGACACAUCGCUACAAAAUGACAAUUACUUGUUCAUAGGAAAGUUACCAGUUCUGAGGCAAGAGUUUGAUUUACCAUGUGAACGAAAACUAAUUUUGAAUGGGCCCUUGAUAAAACAUCUCCCAGGAAUUAUCCUAAAGUUUUCUCUUCCAAUCGACGUGGAGGAUUGGCUCGUUUCACUGAAAUCAUUUGCUUUGGCGGAGUCUUUAUCUCUUACAGGUGCACACAACUCCAAUAAACUGCGGGUCUCUAACAGGUUCAGAAUUUCGAUUGUAGAAGGUGACUUUAAGGGGAUAAGAAAAUCAUUAAUUGGAGGCCCACCGAGCUUAUAUGUGGAACUGUCCAUGUGGGGGCAUACCUGGGGAAGAACUGCAAUGGUUCGAGACACAGAGACCCCCUUCUGGAGAGAGGAGUUUUCAUUCAAUGAGAACGUCAAAGUCAGCAAUGUACGAAUUACGCUGAAACAAAGAAACGCCAAUCCCAAUAAGGAAGACGAAACAGUGGGAUUCUUGAAUAUUACGCAGGAAUUGAUUAAUGAUACCAGUCUGAACAAAGAAACAAGAUUACCUGUGAUGGAUGCUAAGACGGGGCGUUUUAAGAUUGGCACCAUAUGCAUCAGGAUAAUCUCCAGCUUAAAAUUCAUUCUCCCGGCAUCUAAUUUUGGUAAAUUUGAGUCAGCGCUGACCCAAGUUUGUCCAGGUCAGGUUUUAUCUUUCAUCAAUGAUCUACCCCUCGGUGCGGAUAUGAAGUUCGAAGAUAUCUCUAGUGUAUUUCUGGACGUAUUUCAAAUACUUGGUAGAGAGGAUGACUGGUUCAGUGCUUUGAUAGAUAAAGAGCUGGCGGACGUUGAUGGGUCGAUCGCUAGAAACACCAAGAAUAACAAGAGUUCCACACACAUCUAUGGAACCUUGUUCAGAGGAAACUCUAUUCUUACUAGGUCUAUGGAAUCCUUUUUCAUCCGUGUCGGAAAGGAGUAUCUUGAUAAGUCCAUAGGUCCACCCCUGAGACAGAUUAUAGGAAGCGGGGAAGAUUGUGAAGUAGAUCCAAACCGAAUUCGGGAAGAUGACCCAGAGAAGAAAAAACUCAUAUUGGAAGCGAAUCACGUCAAGUUGUUGUAUUGGGUAGAAAAAAUAUGGAGCGCCAUAUACAAUACCAGCAACGAUAUACCCAUGCCAAUAAAAAACCAAAUGAGGACGCUCAGGAAAAAAUUAGAACUUAUGUGCAUAGAGGAUGAUGUUACCAGAAUAUUGAACUGCGUGUCUGGUAUGCUAUUCCUCAGAUUUUUUUGUCCAGUGAUCUUAAAUCCAAAACUGUUCAAUUUUGUUAGGAGCCAUUUGAAUGAGCGUUCAAGACGUACAGUAACGCUGAUAAGCAAAGUGCUAUUGAACCUUUCCAACUUGACGGUUUUUGCUAAUAAGGAACCAUACAUGGCAGGGAUGAAUUGUUUCAUCGAGGACCACAGAGAGGAGAUGCUAGACUAUACUGAUAAAGUCACACAGAAAAAAUUGGAUUUCUCAUCUAAAAAACUAAAGCUUGCAAGCUCUGUUGCAAGACCAAAAUUACUAAUGGAUGCGAAUGUUUUAGCAGAGCUUCCGACUAACCCUUACCUCAUAGACAGCUACCUACGAGAGACACAGAUUUUUGUCGCGUUCGCCAACUACACUAUCAAUAAAGAAGGCAAUAAAGGCGUUCCAAUCAGUGGUAGCUUGGAUCAUAUCUCGAAGAAUAUUACAAACAUCGAGAUCUCGUUGGAGGAGAAAAGAGCAGAAAUUGGGGAUUUAGAGUUUGAGAAAAUAACAACCAACAACGUUGAAGUUUUUGGUAAUGAUCUGCUCAAAUAUCUCGAGCAGGAUAGUGAUCAAGGAAACGAAAACACAACCCCAGUACUACAGUCAGAUGGCCCAGUGGACGCGAUAGAGCAGUUAGAAAGAGAAUCAAUUCUUCUCUUGCACAAAGUUGAGCGUCUGAAGCGUGCUCUUGUGGAUUAUGAGCAUCCAACAGAAAAUAUGGAGGAGAAGAUAAAAUACGGGCAAUUUCUAGCGGACAACACCUACUACACCAAGACAAUGGAUAUUGUCGUUGACACGCAGCGUCAAUUUGGGGAAGAUGAAGCGUUGAGCAAACUCUUCAGCUCGAACGAUGGUUACUCGCAUCUCUUGGAUACCGUUGUUCCACGGUUAAGCACACAGUCGAGUGGUUCUACAAAUAUCUCAUUCUCCGACGGGUCGGGUGGUCUGGGCAGGAAGCUAAGUUUCUUCAGGACCAACAAGACGACACGGGUCGCUAUCAGAGAUGGUGAAGAAAGAGAGACAAAAACAAGUUUUACAAAAUGGUUUAAACGGGUCAAAUAA